GGAUUUACAAAACUAUUUUGUCCCGUGUUUUGUUUGUAUGAAAUAAUCUAGCAGGCAAGAGCCAGCAAGCAAAAUGUUAGCUAGCAUGUUAGCUCAUAGCUAGCUACUAGCCUUGUUUGUGGUUAGCUGGGAUGUCAAACUGUUGUUGCUGCCUGUCGCAGUGUUUUGCCUCCAUAUGAACAACUUGAAUGACCCCCCCAGAUGGAACAUCCAACCAGACCACAGAGGAAGGGGGGCGGGGGCGGGGGCCGGUGAUGGCAACCAAUGGAACUACGCCCUGCUGGUCCCUAUGCUGGGACUUGCUGCAUUCCGUUGGAUCUGGACCAGGGAGUCUCAGAGGGAGAUCCAGAAGGUCAGAGCCCAGUAUGACAAAGACGUGUCCACAAUAAAAAGCGAGAUGGAGGCAACGUACCGGGAGACACUGACAGAGAGGCGCAGGGCAGUAGCUACGCUAGAGCUGGAGCUGGAGAAGGAGCGACAGAGGGUCAAAGGUUACAAGCAGGCCCUGGUCUCACAGAGCCAUCAGCUGAUGGAAGAACGGAAACAGUUACAUCAGGAGCGUGAGGUCUUGGAGGAAGAGAAGCAAAGGCUGGUCAAGUCCGGCGCCGCAGGGGCGGUGCUGCAUCACGCCCUGGAACGAGAGAACAACUGGUACCAGCGAGCCACGGCCACUCUGAAGGAGCUAGAGGGUCAGCUUGUGGAGCGCCAGAAUGCCUACUGUUCCCUCGUCCAACCACGAGACCAGCGACUGGAGAUGGAGAAGAACAUGCUGCUAAAGGUCGUCAAAAACCCCAUCGGUGCGGAACUGGAUCUAGAGUCCGAUCUGAAAGAUAUUUUUAAGAGAGAUAAGCACUGUGCGGACCUGCUAAACAUGGACAAGAGGAAGAAUGGAAGCCUCAUGUGGGUGUACCUCAAGUACUGGCAGCUGCAGGUCACAGUCCAGAAACACAAGAGAGCUGAAGAAGCCAUAUUAGGAGAGAAAAUCCAGUCUCACGCAAAGUGACAAACACAAGCUCGUGUUUUUCCACUUGACUUUGAAGAAAGUUGAAAGUAUGUGGCUCAGGAAUGGAAAAUGCAUGUAUUAUUUUGUAUGAUUAUCUUUACUUGAUAGGGAUGUUAUGGAAGCACACAGGAGGUAAGGCCAACAAGAUAAUGUUCCACAUCUGAAAGUUCCUCCCUUGAUCUCAGAGUUGAAAAAAUAAAGGGGCAUUUUGUCAAGUUUUAAGCUUGCUUAAAUACAAUACGGUAUUACCUAGGGCUGCUCCCUCUUAGUCAACUAGUCAACUAAUCGGUUGUUUUGGUCUUAGUCAACUUAG